AUGAUUCUGGUUGCUGUAGUAGCCGAGUUUCUGGAGGAGUACACAGAAGUGGUGUCCAGAGUGGUGGAACACAUGGUGAAUCAACAUCGGUUUCCGCGGCGCCUCCGUUUGCUCAUCCUCAGCAAUCUCCCCUUUGCUGCUCCUUCGAGAAUACCCCCUCCUCAUCUUGUAUUGCCCCCCACCACCCCCUUUGUUGGUGUAGGCCUUUAGCCCCUUCAAUCUUGGCACACUAGUUUGUUUUUGUUUUUUGUAGUUGGCAUCUCAUGUAAUUUCUAACCAUGGAACAUAUAUAUGUUCUUGUGUGUUUUCA